AUGGCCGCCAACGACACCAUGGGCAGCUCAUCUCCACUCAUUCGCAAUAGGAGCACCAACGCCAGCCGCCCACAAGCCGUAGACGCGCCUCUCACCCAGUCAGCCACCUUCCUCACCCUCUCCGUGCUCCCCGACGCCCAGGCCCUCCGCACCGUCCGCUCCGCCCUCGCCAGCAUCGACGGCCUAGCCAAGACUGUCGCCGCCCGCGACGCUCACACCCGCUUCGCCUGCACCGUCGGCAUCGGCAGCGACGUCUGGGACCGCCUCAUGGCCCUGCCGCGCCCGGCCGAGCUACACCGCUUCCGUGCCGUCGAGGGCGCCGUGCACACGGCCGUGUCGACGCCCGGCGACCUACUCUUCCACGUCCGCUCCGACCGCCGCGACCUCUGCUUCGAGUUUGAGCGCCUCCUCAUGGACCGCCUGACGGGCGCCGUCGCCGUCGAGGACCUCACCAUUGGCUUCCGCUACUUUGACCUGCGCGACCUCCUCGGCUUCGUCGACGGCACCGCCAACCCCGUCGGUCCCGCCGUUUCGGCCUCCGUACUCGUCGCCGAUGAAGACAACACCUCGGCCGACGGCAGUUAUGUCGUCGUGCAAAAGUACCUCCACGAUCUCGCCGCCUGGCAGCGGCUCCCCGCCGAGGCGCAAGAAGCCAUCAUCGGACGCUCCAAGCUGGACAACGUCGAGCUGCCUGAUGCGACGGCGGGUCAAAAGUCGCACAAGACCCUGGCCACCAUAGAGGACGACGACGGCAACGAGCAUCAGAUUCUCCGCGACAACAUGCCCUUUGGCUCACCUGCCUCGGGCGAGUUCGGCACCUACUUCAUCGGCUACUCGCGCCACCUCUGGGUCGUCGAGCGCAUGUUGCAGCGCAUGUUUGUCGGCGAGCCCCCCGGCAAGCAUGACCGCAUCCUCAACUAUUCCAAGGCCUCGACGGGCGUUGUUUUCUUCGCGCCCUCGGCCAGCGUGCUAGCCAGUCUCGACACCGACUGA